AUGUCCGAGGCGAAGCGAGCGAAGCGCGCGACGGCGGACGCGGAUGCGACGACGAGGACGAGGAGGACGCGCGAGCGAUCGCGACGGGUCGGGAACGAUCGAGAGCAUAACGCGUUCGACGCGGUGCUCGAGGCGAACGAUCUGUUCGCGCAUCCACCGGACGCCGAGAGAGAUUGGCUCGUGGACGCGACGGUGGGAAUCAGGACGUGCGCGCCGUACGACUUUGAUUUCGUGUGCGGGGUCAAGGCGAGAUGGGCGGGCGAGAGAUUGUGCGAGAUGUUCGCUCGAGAGUUCCCGAUGCGACCGAUCGAGUACUAUCGCGAGGCGUACAGGUCGGGAAGGUUGCGGUUGGAGGAGAACGGGCGCGCCGCCGCUUCGAGCGACGGCCAGAAUCGAGAAACGCACGAGGACGGACCCAUCCUAGUGGGUGGGCAGCGCGUGAGACAUUUUAUACAUCGACACGAACCGCCGACGAUUGCGGAAGACGUGCGCGUUCUGAGCGUCACCGACGACGUUGUGGCGGUGUGUAAACCGGCGACGAUGCCGGUGCAUCCGACUGGACAGUACAGGCGCAACACAGUGCUCGCACUUUUGGCGUCGACGAGAAGAGAUUUGGGGCGCUUAUUUCCCAUUCAUAGAUUGGAUAAGAAUGUUUCCGGUCUGCUCCUGCUCGCGCGAUCGUCGAAGGCGGCGAAUGCGAUGAGGCAGAAGAUGGAGGCGAGAGAGAUGCGCAAAGAAUACGUCGCGCGAGUGAAAGGUUCGUUCAACGCGAGUGAUCCGACGCCGGUGACGAUUGACGAGGCGUUGGGAUUCGAUGCAAAGAAUCGUGUUGCACUAUGGCGAGAAAAACCAGGCACUAGGGAUUUGGAUGAACGCGCGCUGAAGUCUUUCAAGGCUGCGUCGACCAAGUUUGUAUGGCUUCAAGAUUUGCCGGAUGGAACGUCGCUCGUUCAAUGCGAGCCGUUCACCGGACGUUCACAUCAAAUACGUGCGCAUCUGGCCAUCGCAGGGUACGCAAUUGCUAAUGAUGUUGCAUACGGCGGUGAGCUCCUGGAGAGCGCGCGCGCGCGUGCGAUUCAGUAUGCGUGCGAUGUCUUGGUGCUUAGCGAAGAGCGCACGCUUGCGCGGGACGAGUCGCUUGCCAUAGACUACUCGGUGCCACGAGAAAGUCGUGAGAAGAACACAGCUCCGUGUCCGCAUUGCCCUAGAGUCGUUCACGCCGGUGACUUAGCGAUCGAUCUCGAAGCCAUAUGGUUACACUGUGUGCGAUAUAGUGGCGAAGGGUGGGAGUUUGAGUGUCCACAGCCAGACUGGGCAUCGCCUUGA